UAUAGUCUCAGGUAGGGACACAAACUCACCCCAAGUCGUCCUAUACCCGCUUCCGCUGGAGGUCCUUUAUGCCAACUCGCGCGCCAGAGUCAUCCGGAAGUGUCGAUCCUUCAACAUUGCCCGCCGGCGUUGCAGUGGGUACCAAAGUGGGCAUGGUUCUGGGCGUACUUUGCUUGUUCGCCCUCGUAACUGCCUACCAGUUCAUCCCUCGGAGACGGAAGCCGCCUUCCCGAAACCACGCUCUUUUCACACCAUCACGUCCUAAGAAACCGACAUUCCUUCAGCGCCUUCACACCUACUGCUCCACAUUCCUUCAGAAAUUCAAAGGGAAACCCAAGCCUAACGCAGGCAUCAACCCAACCGAACGACGUGGGCGACUGCGUUCGUUCUACCUCCCAGAUGAGCGUCAGCGGAAACGCGAACAAAUUAAACAGAAGUUCGCAACUAGUCUCCGCCUUAACCUUCAUACACCGCAUAUCCCUAAAAAUCCGUUUCACUCACCGACCUCCAGUCCGCCUUUACGUCCAAGUCGACGUUAUGCGGUAUACACACAACUAUACGAUGACGAUGAGGGAUCUAAUCGGCCCGUGAAGCCAGCUUCAGCCCUAAUAUCGCCUUGGUCGUCGAACGAAGAGGAUUUUCCUCCGUUGCAUCCUUUUCGGAGUCCAUUGCCGAUGGAUGAAGUGCCAGCAACACCACCUCCAUUAUUCCCACCUCCUCCAGUGUAUGUACCAGAAACGCCUCUUCGAGGCGGUAACGGUAUCGUAGACACACCGCCCAUACGCUUUAGAGAUACCCCGGAUGACGUAUCGGCACAAUCUCUCAUAGACGUCGUGACGAUCAUGAUAAAGCAGCAGGAUCAAUUCCCUGGAGAGGGACAAGAGAACCCAUUCAUCAUCGCGGAGGAAGAUGAGUGGGAUUCUGAUAGCGAAAGCGAGUAUAGCAAUCGGAGUCACUUGUAAUAGUAUACCCUUCAAGCAAAUCAGUG